GAGGGCUGAAAGCCCUAUGAAGCGGUAUAUAAGUCUAACUGCUAUUGCUAUAGCUAUUGCUAUCAUGGCUUGUCCAAUGGACAACACUCAAAUCAAACUGCAGUUCACGAUAAUUGCAAUAAUCCAGCUACAGAGUGAGUGAGAGAGAGCUUAGCAGGAUUAAAGUGACAUUUGAUCCAGAACUCGCUUAAGCUUCUGUCUCAAACCAGACGUAUAAAAUUACUCCAGUAAUGCUAAGAAUUGGAAAUGUGUGCUGUGAUCCUUUCACUCCAAAAUAAAGAUGGGGCAACUCUUAUCAAUAUUCUAAGAACGAGCCAGAAUCGUCCAAAGUGAUGUUGAAAUCAAACGGCUUCCCUAUAGGAUGUGUGAGGAAGCUCCUUGUGAAGCCCUCAAAAGGCCCAGCUGUUGGAUGUCCUCAGAAGGAAGAUCAAGCUUUUGACCCAACACAGACAGAGACGGGUCUAAGGGCCUUGAGAUCCUUCCUUGCACCAAAUUUUGGGCACUCAUCUAAAAGGUUUGCCGCCCCUGUACUAGGAAAACCUGUUCCUCUUAUAUCUUGUUCCGUACCAUUGAUGGGGAAAGAGGUGAUGAUGUGACGCACCUUCCCCAUAAAUAUCUCCCUGGGUUCCAGGCAACCAUCUCACCCAUGUUCCACCCCUUUUUGUUCCAGGUUGAGUCUCAAGCACACAAAGCUUCAUUGGACGCGAGCCGGACCACUCAACAGCUUGAAGAGACCGUAGAUGAAUUCCAGAAGCAGAAGUUGAAAGAUAUCCAGAGGGUGUCCAUAGCACGCUCCGGAACCUGACUUUUCUGGAGACUGAUGGGGGAUAUGAAGAGGAGCCCUCCCAAGAUUUCAACACCACUAAGCACCCCCAGAUCUGGCAGGUGACCAGCAGGACCCCCUGACAGAUUUCUCCAGUUGUGAAUUUAGACUUGUUUUUGGGGGGUUCCUCGGCCAGCUUUCUUUGCCCCCCUUUAAGGCCUCCCUCCAGCUCAGUACCCCCUCCCUUUUCCGUACCCCCCCCAAAACAUGACAUCGCAAUAAAACCAUUUGUUUUCAAGUG